AUGGAACAAAGACAAGAAUCCAUGGAAGGUGAAAUGAGGACACAAUUUGCAUGUAUUGGAAAUCAAUUCACAUCGAUUGAGACUCAUUUAGCGGAAUUGAUGAGCAUGAUGAAGACGAACAACGAUCAACCACAUCAAUCACGAUUAGGGCAAAACAGAAUAGAGCCAAUCAGACAUGAGCAACCAAGAACCUUGGGGUAUAUUCCUAAAAUUGAAUUUCCAGUCUUCGAUGCCUUGUAUGCUCGAUUUAAAGAUGAUAUUGGCACUAAUGUGGUUGAGGAAUUUAAUAAGCUGUAUCAAAAUGGUUCAAUAGAAGAUUAUGUGGACAAUUUUGAAAAGCUCAGGGGGUUAAUGAUGCAAAGGAAUCCAUAUCUCAACGAUGAAUAUUUUCUUGAUAGCUUUUUGGGAGGAUUAAAACCUAAUAUUAAACCAUUUGUCAAAGCAUUUAAGCCUAAAUCAAUAGCUGAUGCAAUUGAAAUUGCAAGAUUACAGGAAGAAUCACUAAGUGCUUAUGCCAAACCUUCAUCAUACACUUCCCAAAAGACAGUAUCUCCUUAUAUUCAAGCCAAUAAACCUCAUUCUAAUAUUCAUUUGCUUGAAAAUACUAAACCACCAUUACUUCCAACUCCCAAAACUAUUCCCCUCAAAAACCCAAUUCAAAAUUUUCCUCAAAAGAAUGGUCAAAGAAAUUACAUUCCUGCAUCAGUAAGAGCAGAAAAACAAGCAAAAGGACUAUGCUAUUAUUGUGACCAACCAUAUGACAGGAAUCGCAAAUGUCAGUUCCAGAAAACUCAAAUCUUUACAGUAGAGAUUAUGGGUUUAGAUGAAGAUGAUAGUGCUAAAAACGAAGAUGACAUUGAUAUGAUUCUUUUGGGUGAUCAAGAACCAUGUAUUUCAGUGAAUGCUUUGUCAGGAAUUCAAGGAUAUCAAACAAUGAGAGUUGUGGGGUUUGUAGGUAGAAAGCCUAUACAUAUUCUCAUCGAUUCUGGAAGUACUCACAACUUCUUGGAUUUAAACUCAUCUAAAAGACUAGGCUGCAAAGUUGAACAGAUAGCAACCCAAAAUGUAGGGGUAGCUGGGGAAAAUCAUCUUCAUUGUCAGCACAUUUGCAAAAAUUUCACUUGGAUGAUACAAUCUAUGGAAUUCAUUACGGAUACAUUGCUUAUACCAUUGGGUGGUCAUGAUAUGGUUUUAGGCAUACAAUGGCUUGAAUUAUUAGGGCCUAUACAAUGGGAUUUCAAGAAACUGAUCAUGAAAUUUGAAUGGGAAGGUAAAACUAUAGUUCUAAAAGGAGAGGCACUUCAUAAAAUCAAGAUAUUACACGGAGAAGUUUCAGAAAAAAUGGUGCAAAAUGCAAGUCAAUUGUACCUGUUACAACUUCUAACAAAACAAGAUGAGGAUAAAGAAGUAAAACCAGCAUGUAUGACAUCAGAAAUGAAGAUGAUACUUGAAGUGCAACAGUUUGUGAAUCAAUAUAAAGAUGUUUUUGAAGAACCAAAAGGCUUACCACCUUCAAGGGGGACAUUUGAUCAUAAAAUUCCUUUGGAAGAAGGCAUUGGACCUAUAAGUAUUCGACUAUACAGCUACCCACUUAAACAAAAAGAUGUAAUUGAGAAGUUAGUCCAAGAAAUGUUAGAUAAUGGAAUUAUUCAGAAUAGUUCCAGCCCAUUUGUUUCACCAGUUGUUUUAGUGGGAAAGAAAGAUGGUUCAUGGCGCUUAUGUGUGGAUUAUAGAGAAUUGAAUAGAAAAACAAUCAAAGAUAAGUUCCCUAUUCCGGUUAUAGAUGAACUCAUUGAUGAAUUGGCUGGGGCAACAGUGUUUAGUAAACUUGAUCUAAGAGCAGGGUAUCACCAACUAAGAGUUCAUUCUAGUGAUAUAUAUAAAACCGCGUUCAAAACUCAUACCGGUUAUUAUGAGUUUUUAGUUAUGCCCUUUGGGCUAACUAAUGCUCCAGCUUCCUUUCAGUAUUGGAUGAACAACGUUUUCAAAUCUUUAUUAAGGAAAUGUGUAUUGGCCUUUUUCGAUGAUAUAUUGGUGUACAGCAAGUCCAUUGAUGAACAUUGGCAACAACUAAAAAUGGUUUUUGAGUUAAUGAGACAAAAUCAAAUGUAUGCCAAGGCUUCUAAAUAUCCAAAAAAGAUAAAAGAUGUGUCAAAUUGGGCGAUACCUUCAAAUGUGAAAGAGUUGAGGAGUUUUUUGGGACUUGCUGGAUAUUACAGAAAAUUUGUUCGGAAUUAUGCUGUCAUUUCUCGGCCUCUUACUAAUCUUUUAAUAAAAGAGUCUUUUAAAUGGACUGAUGAAUCACAAAUAGCUUUUGACAAGCUUAAAAAGGUUCUCGUUUCUGCACUCGUAUUGGUUGUUCCUAAUUUCUCUCACACUUUUAUAGUUGAAACAGAUGCAUCUAAUGAUGGAAUUGGAGCUGUAUUGACACAAUCAGAUCAUCCUUUGGCAUAUAUUAGCAGAUCAUUAGGACCUAAAUGGCAGAAACUUUCAGUUUAUGAGAAAGAAUUGUUAGCAAUUGUAUUUGCUGUUCAAAAGUGGGAACAAUAUUUGUCAGGGCAACAUUUUAUCAUCAAAACAGAUCAAAAUAGUCUUAAAUGGUUAUUACAACAAAAGAUAUCUACCCCUUUUCAACAAUUUUGGUUGUCCAAACUGUUGGGCUGA